GCGCGACGCUGCCUCAGCCCCAACGGCUGCCACGAAGGACAGUUGGGCGCGGGCGGGCGGGCGCGCACGCGCGAGGGAGGGAAGGGGGCUUUGUUCCCACGGUAGAUAUUUUGUGGCGGGUUGGGAGGGAGAGCUGCGCGUUGGGAACCGAACUCACAUCCGAACAGCGGCCGUUAAAAUAAUAAUAUUAAUAAUAAUAAUAAUAAUGGACCGAGGCUCGACAGCUGAGUCUGCGCCUGCGCUGAACGUCCUGCGUGAUGCGCACGCAGCGUUUCGGGAGCAACGGUACGAAAGGGCGGAAGAGCUGUACAGCAGCUACAUCGAGUACUGCGCAUGCGCCAGCAGGUGGGAAGUCCAGUUCCAAUAGACGAGAUUAAUAUCGUGUGUGUGUUUCGCAGGGAAGCUGUUAUGUAUUUUCUCUCUCCCCCUCAUCCCAAAUCAUUCAACGUCUCUGCUGCAGUAAUAAACUUCACAGCCCCUUCCCCUCGUUUUCCCUUUUAAAAGGGGAGGAGGGGGAAAGGAAAGAGGCAGUGUGGUGUAGUGGUUAGAGUACCAGACUGCGUGAUCUGGGAUGGCAGGAUUCAAAUCCUCCCACUGGGCCAUGAAGCUCACUAGGUGACCUUGGGUCAGUCACUACUGCCUCAAACUUGCCUCUCAGGGUCGAUGUGGAGGAUAAAAUGAGGAGGGGGAGGACUACUGACAUCACAUUACAAUCCUUUGAGUAAAGGGUGGAAUUUAAAUGCCAAAGACAUGAGGAUUUGGGAAACAGACCUCAGUGUCAUUUACACAGGAAGUGAUUUUGCAAGCAAUCCCAAGGCUGCAAUUCUGUGUACUUUUACUUCAAAGGCAACCCUCACUGUACUGAGUAAACAUGCACAGGAUUAGCCCUGGGUUGUUGCAUAAGAUGUUGCAACAGAUUUGUGACUACUGUGUGCAUCUUCUUCCUGUAGUUCCAAAGUAUGGAUUUUAAGCAAAAUUUUUGUUUUGUUUUAUUCACCUAAUUUUUAAAACUCACUUUAUUUCAGCCGUGUCUUAAUUUUUUAUAAUCUUGACAGAUUGUCUGUGUCAUUUUAUGUUUAGGCAUCACAAUUCUUUGUAGGUGACAAUAACUCUCUUCCCUUUCUUUUCAUCAGUCAUGAUCUGGCAACAGCAUUUAACAACAGGGGACAGAUCAAGUAUUUGAGAGUUGACUUCUAUGAAGCAAUGGAGGAUUAUACAUCAGCUAUAGAAGCCUGGCCUGAAUUUGAAGUCCCAUACUAUAACCGAGGAUUAAUAUUAUAUAGGCUAGGUAUGGAACUAAGCUUUCCUUAUUGGAUAUUUAAAUGCAUUUAUUUGUCCUAAUUCAAUUGGCAACAUUCAGAGUAGGUUCUCUUGACAGAUGACUUUAAAACUUUCUACCUUCUGGGAACCUUUUCCACUUUGUUGAGGAACCCCUGUCUAGCAAGAUUCUGAGGUAGAUUCUUGUGUGCACAUCAGUGCUUAUCAGGCUCUUAGGCUUCACUUGUAUGACGUGAGGCUGCACCGUAUCAAUAUUAUCACUAUAAUUUAUUAUUUAUACCCCGCCCAUCCAGCUGGGUUUCCCCAGCCACCCUGGGCAGCUCCCAACAGAUUAAAAACAACAAAACAUCAAAUAUUAAAAUCUUCCCUAAUCAGGGCAGACUUCAGGCUUGCAGGAUCAAUCCCAAGAUCCACAGAAUAGUGGCUAAUUCUAACUUAAAGGUAAAGGGGACCCCUGACCAUUAGGUCCAGUAGUGACUGACUCUGGGGUUGCAGUGCUCAUCUUGCUUUAUUGGCCGAGGGAGCCGGCGUACAGGUUCCGGGUCAUGUGGCCAGCAUGACUAAGCCGCUUCUGGCGAACCAGAGCAGCGCACGGAAACGCCGUUUACCUUCCCGCCGGAGUGGUACCUAUUUAUCUACUUGCACUUUGAUGUACUUUCAAACUGCUAGGUUGGCAGGAGCAGGGACCAAGCAACGGGAGCUCACCCCGUUGCAGGGAUUCGAACCGCCGACCUGAUCGGCAAGUCCUAGGCUCUGUGGUUUAACCCACAGCGCCACCCAUGUCCCAAUUCUAACUUAAAAUUAAAUAAUUCUAUGUGCAGGAAUUAGUUUUGAGCUGAAUUUCUGAUUAGCCCCAGCUUCCUUAUAUUCAACAGUAUAAUCAGAGGUUCUGCUGCUGCUAAACAUUUGAGAGGUAUCUAUUUUCUGCUCCUUGCCCUAGCAUAAACCCGGUGCUCUCCUGUGGUUGUGCACUGCCAGGGCUUAUCAGGGGUCCUCAAACUUUUUCAGCAGGGAGCCGGUCCACUGUCCCUCAAACCUUGUGGGGAGCCGGACUAUAUUUUGAAAAAUAUAUAAAAAUGAAUUCCUAUGCACACUACACAUAUUGUAUUUGUAGUUCAUUUUAAAUAAAAGGACACAAUAUUCUAUGCAAGAGCAUCAGGCAGGCCCCACAAAUAACCCAGAGAUGCAUUUUAAAUAAAAGGACACAUUCUACUCAGGUAAGCCACCUCCUGACUCUUCCCUCCUCCACAGCACCGAACGAGCCCCGGUGGCUGCUUACCUGUGUCUUGCGAGUGGCAGGGGCUGGUGGUGGCGGAGGGGGGACAAUGAGCGGUGCACAAAAGGGCUCUGGAGCCCCCUUCCUCCUUUAGGCAGGGCGGGGAGAAGCCAGGAGGAGGGAGGGAGGAGGCACUGCUGCCGCCGUGUGAGGGAGGGGGAGGGAGGGAGGAGGGAAAGAACUCGCUCGCUGGCGAUCCAUGCGGUGAUUCCCGGACCUUCCGUGGGCCGGAUUUAGAAGGCAAUUGGGCCUGAUCCGGCCCAUGAGCCUUAGUUUGCCGACCCAUGGCUUAUUGCUAGUGUAGGUGAGCAGUCUUUCCAGAAACCUUGUUGCCAUUAUCAGUCCUUCCACUGAGGAAACCCAGAUUUCAGCAGAACACAGAGUAAGCCCCCCUUCUGAAUGCCAACACAUCCCCUUUAACAAAUGGAAUAAAAAGGUAAUGCAAAACUGUAGCAGCACCUUUCGUGAUUUCCCUUGGGUUUACAUAACACCAUAUUCCCAAAAGAUUCCACUUUAGAAAUGCAGUACUGUAAAAAUAAAGUGUUUGUGCAAUGUUUGACCCUAGAACACAAUGACCCACUAUCUGAAAGGGCACAGUGUCCAUAAUGUGUGUUGACUUUGUAAAAGCUGCUUUGUUUCCUGUUUGUUUGAAGAUUCUGCCCUUUUACUUGUGUGCUGUGAUUUAUUAGAUAAAGUUUUAUGAAGAAGAUUCAAACUAAUGUAUCAGAAAUAGAUCAGUUCCAAGUAUGAUGGCAGUGACUGAAACCUUGCUUAAUCUCCUGCUCAACCUGGUAUACUUCUACUGUACAUGUAAAUGGUUUACUCAAGCAUUUGGAUAGUUCCUAAACACAAGUCUACACAAUUGCACUGUAAUACCCAUUGCUUUGUCUUAUUGGGCCUAUGAAUUAGGAUUAGUAUUGCUAACUAAUAUAUGAGGUGAAAACACCCACUGUAGGCAAAGGAACAGUGCACUGAAAUGGCCUCAGAGGCAAGGGGGGGGACAUAACUGCUUUUUAAUAGAUUCUAUAUCCUACAUUGUAAUUCUGUCUACUCAUGCAUCCAGAUGAUUGAAGCCUCAAUCACACAGACAUACAAACAUAAAUUAGUUCAGAGUUUAUUAUUCUGUAUAUUAAUCAUUACACUAUACCAAGGAAUAGUAUGUGGUGUGCACUUUUUGUGUCUUUGGAAAACAAAAGCGUGCAAAUAAUUAUUAUUCAUUUAUGAAAUUUGUUAGGGCAACUCAACAAAUUUGGGUUUUGUGGGAGGUUCUGUGAGAGACAAUGAAAGUAAGGAGUUGCAGUUUCUGCAGGGCAACAAGAUUAAAUAUACUGUAUUGAUAGAAGAGAUACAGAAAAAUAGUACAAUAGUCAUAUGCAGAGUAAGACAAAGGCAUCUUUUUCAUUUCUUUUUUGAGGCAGGUUUCUUUGAUGAAGCCAUGAAGGAUUUCAACAAGGUCUUGGAGCUAAACCCUAAGUUUGAAGAUGCUUCUCUGAGUUUAAAGCAGACUAUUCUUGAUAAAGAAGAAAAGCUAAAAAGAAACUAUUGAAAUUCUACUCCAGAUGAACCUGGACAAACUUGAGAUUCGAUUACCUGGUAAUAGGAACACACAUAUUUUCCCCACCCCACUCCACUAUGUUAAUUUGUUAAAUUUAAAGUCAGUUAAUUUGAAGUGUAACCUGUUUGUACUGUGGAUUUUUUCUAGUGACAGAGCAGAUUAUUUUUUUAAAGUACUGUAUUAACCUUGCCUUGGGUUCUCUUCAUUGUAGAUAUUGGAACCAAGGGUGGGUAACAUUUUGUCUUUCUCAAGACAAGCAUUAAAUUCCUUCAGGGGCCACAUUCACUUAUUUAAGGAUUUUGUGUAGUAUGAAACAACCUGCCACACUUUGGACAUUAGACAAAUGUGACAACCAAGUCACAUUGGCUCUUCCAAGCAAGUUUAAUAAUCAUUGUGUAAAGCCUUCAUAGACUGAUUAGUAGAGAGACUGCGAAACAAAAAAACAACCCCUACAUUUUAAUAAUAUAUUUCCAACGGAAAAGAGCCUGCUGAGCUUCAGGGAGACAAUAAACUAUAGAGAUUCUAUAGAAAAAUAGGUCAGCAUGCAGGAUUACAGCCUUCCAGCACUAUAUGACAAAUGCAUGAAGAAAUUCUGGCAGUGCCUUUCACAGUCCUGGGGGCCUGUAAAUUUAGCAGAUGGGCAGCUGCUGAUUUGUAGGUUUGGUGGACUCUCCCUUGGCUAGAAUGUCUUCAGACAUGGACAGAUUAUGGGAAGCCUUCGGUUAUAUUGUAAGAAAAGCCUUAGAAUGUCCAGAACAAUGAUGCAGAUUAUUUUAUGCACUUUUCACAUUUCUUCUAAAUUGGGAUGCAUCACUUCCUAUAAGAUCUGCGCCAUUAAUGUCAAACAAUGGCCAUACUUUUGUCUGGUGAUCCUACUAUAGUUGUCUAGAAGUGGUUCACUGCAUUACAUAAGGCUUUGUUUUAUUCUAUGAGGUAGUUUGGCCCACAUGCACACCUGGCAGGAGGUCUAAAGUAGGCUGUUGCUUGACAGCCAGCUAUUCAACUCUUGGCCUUACAAAAUGGGGAAUAAAGUUACAUUGGUGUUGCUUGAAAUGGCAAAGGCAUGGGUUGUUGCAAAAUGUUUUACUAGCUAACCCUGGAUAUUUGCCAAGCUGUCUAGUACAAUUGAGUAGAUACAAAAUAAUGUGAUUUUGCCUCCAAGAACAAAUGAAUUUGUCAUGCAGAAUGAGACAGUUUGAUUCUUUCUACUGUAAGACACUUAAAGCAUUUUAAGUUGAGGCUCUCAUUUUAUCCUUGUAACUAAGACUAUGCAAGAAGGUGAUAGCUUAGCAUGAAGUCCAUUCGACUUCGAAAACAUUCGGAAACCAAGGCGCGGCUUCCGAUUGACUGCAGUAAGCUCCUGCAGCCAACUGGAAGCUGUGGAAGCCGCGUUGGACGCCCGGGUUCCAAAGAACGUUUGCAUACCGGAACACUCACUUCCAGGUUUGCGGCGUUCGGGAAGCAAAACUUUCGACUCGCAAGGCGUUCGUCAACCAAGGUAUGACUGUAUCCUUUGGCAAACAAAGGUCUUGACCCCCUCACCAGUCCAGCACUGAAUAUUUGGGUUUGUAACUGCACCCCACAGGCCUCUUGGCUCCCCCCAAAAUUCAAAAUUAUUCAAAAUGCUUUUGUCGAAGUAGCAAAUUCAGUCCUAAAAUAAGAUCAACUCACAUUUUGCACCUCCAGAUUUUUAUUUAUGAAGUGUUGCCAUAGGAAGCCAAUAUGUACAUUUUAAAUCAGUCCCAGGUAAUGCACCAAAUCCAAAGGCCAGCCGUAGCAAGUAGGGUUGCGUAGCUAUAUCUGGAAAAGAAAAAUAAUUUUCAGUUUGUCCCCUUACACAUGUGGGUGCCUACUACAUACAUAGACCACACACAGACUUGCCCUUGUCCUAGAAUUCAGCAAAUAAGCAUGGGUUUUGUACCAGGUAGGUGUUUGGGGUUGGUUUGUUUGUUUGUUUUGGAGAAAGGAGGAACUUUUAGAUCUUCUUCGUACUAGAAUAAUCAGGAGUCGACGGCUUGUGAAAGUUAAGUCAAACUUCUCAUUCAGCAGGUGUGGCUACAUCAAGCUGCUAAAUUUGUCAAAAGGUUUCUGGAUCCAGGUGGUGGGCCAUUGUCUUGGACUGUUGCCUAUGCCUGUGGCAGGAUCAAGAACAGGAUUGAUAGGCAAAGUGUCCUCAUCUCCUCACCAGCCUUGCGGGUCUGUGAUUACGGGGUUCAUUUUUAUGGUUUCAGAGUCUGGGAGAAAGACUCUGCCCAAAAUUCAGUGUAGAAUUUGUUGUUGUUUAGUCGUUUAGUCGUGUCCGACUCUUCGUGACCCCAUGGACCAGAGCACACCAGGCACUCCUGUCUUCCACUGCCUCCUGCAGUUUGGUCAAACUCAAGCUUUGAGAACACUGUCCAACCAUCUCGUCCUCUGUCGUCCCCUUCUCCUUGUGCCCUCCAUUUUUCCCAAUGUCAGGGUCUUUUCCAGGGAGUCUUCUCUUCUCAUGAGGUGGCCAAAGUAUUGGAGCCUCAGCUUCACGAUCUGUCCUUCCAGUGAGCACUCAGGGCUGAUUUCCUUAAGAAUGGAUAGGUUUUAUCUUCUUGCAGUCCAUGGGACUCUCAAGAGUCUCCUCCAGCACCAUGUAGAAUUAGACAUGCUUAAAUCUGCCACCAGUGAAGUGCAGACAGGUUAAAUCUAUUUGUCAUCAGCAGAACCUAACUGCAUAUGUAUUGCAGCACCAAUUGUGGCCUAAGUUAUUGAUCUUAAGACCGAAGGCAUUAUUUCGUCCUCCAUAUACAGCAUCUUGUAUACCAUCUUGCUAUAAGGCUGAGGCCUAAAGCUGAGUAGAAUUUAUGCUUUGCAUGCAGAAGCGUUCCAGGUUUAAUCAGAAUUUCAAGGUAGGUCUACGAAAGGUAAGUUGGAGAACCCUGGAUUGCCACAGGCAAUCAGCAAUACUGAUAGAUGCACAAUUCUAUAUAAAAAAGUAACUUCUUCUGUAUAUUGUUUAUUGAAAUUCCCCAAACAUACCUUAUAUAUCUGCGUUUCCGACUACUUUAUUUGUUCAGGAGUGAUUAACCAAGACUGGUCCAGCCACUGCGUAACCGUGGAUUUCAGAACGCUGAUCUGAAGUAUGGCAAGUAUAGUCAAAUGUUCCUGGAAUUAAUGGGUGCAUAUUUACCAGGAAGUUUGAAAAGAGCUGGUGACCCCCCCCCCCAUUCUUUAACAACAACAUUGCACUGAAAUUAUGGGAUAAGUCAAGUAACCUUACAAUAUAUUAAAAGUUCAGCAGCUGGUUAAUGGCCAGCAUCUCCCGAGUUUUCAGUGGUGCACCUACCAAGCUUCCUUCCUUGUAAACAUUGUCCUUCUGGAAGACCAUUACCAGGCAGAUGAAGGCAGGUGCUGACUUUUACAGUACAGUGGAAGUAUAUCUAGAAGCGGAAGAGAGAAAUUAAAGGACCCUUUUUUCAGGCGGGCUUAGAAAAUUGCAAGAAUAAGUCCUACAGCUGAAAAUGUUGUACCCAAGUGCUCUCAUUCAACAAGCCUUAUUUCUAUGGAGAGGAUCCCUUAAUUGAACUUUUCUUUCUUUCUUUUUU